AAAACAAAAGGGAGUGUAAUUAUCUUUUUUUCGACAGUUCUCCCGUUGAACUGGAAAGAGAUUCUGAUUUCUGAGAUUCCAAAGGAUCGUCGAUCUACCCAAAAAUGCAUCUUUCCUACUGUUUAACCAAACCCAAUUCAAUUGCACAUUCAAGAUUCAGUCUUUCACCCUACAUCACCCAACCCAGAUUCCCCUUUUCUCACAUUACACCUACCAACAAGCUCACUUCCUCUGUCAAAAUCCCCCUCAAUCUUAUUCCAAGGUGCUCUCAACAAGAUUCUACUUCAGUUCCCAUUAUUAUUCAUGCUAAUCAAUUCAGCACUGACAAAUUUAUCAGAAACAAUCAAACUCAAGAAACCCAACAAGAACCUCAAAAGAACUUCUGGGGUGCUGUAAGUUUGGUUAUUGGAACUGCAGUUGGGCCUGGAAUGCUGGGUUUGCCUGCUGCAACUAUUAGAUCGGGCUCAUGUCCAUCAAUUGUUGCUAUUUUUCUUUGCUGGGUUUAUGUAAUCUCUUCCAUUAUUCUUGUUGCUGAGCUCAGCUUCGCUGCUAUGCAGGAAGAUGGGGUUUCAGAGGUGAGCUUUACUGCCCUUGCAACUAAAGCAUUAGGGAGUCAUUUUGGUGCUUUUGUGGCUGUGGUUUACGCCAGCUUGAGUUUUUCUUUGUUAGUAGCCUGUGUUUCAGGUAUUGGUGCAAUAGUAUCUCAGUGGUUUCCAUGUAUGAAUUUUUUAUUGGCUUAUGCAUUGUUUCCACUUGCUGUUGGGAUUGUGAUUACAUUCUUUCCAUUCAAGGUCAUUGAUACUGCAAACCGGGUUUUCUGCUUGCUCAUGCUUUUAUCCAUAACUGCGCUAGUUGGUAUUGGUCUUUCUGUGGCUAGAACAAAUGUAUUGGGCUCCCUUGCUAAAUCCUCAUGGAGUAUUUCAUCAAUCUUGCCUGCUAUACCUGUUACUGUGCUCACAUUGGGAUUCCACGUUAUCACCCCUUUUAUUUGUAAGAUUGCUGGGAACACUGUAUCUGAGGCUAGAAAAGCAGUGUUGAUUGGUGGGGUUGUUCCAUUGAUCAUGGUUUUAUCAUGGAAUUUGAUUGUUUUGGGGCUUUCUGGGGCUAAUACUGCUGCCUCCUCCAAUGACCCUAUCUCCCUCUUGCUUUCUGUCAAUCCUUCUGCUUUAUCUGCUGUCCAGGGAUUUGCAUUUUCUGCUCUGGCAACUAGCUUGAUAGGCUAUGCUGUUAGCUUUCCGAAACAGCUUCUUGAUACCCUGGAUUUGGUAUUUAUGAAAAUCAAUUCUGCAGAACAAUUUAGCUCUCAAUCUCAAAUGCUUUUGAAUGGGGAUGGGACUGGAAGAGUUGGAUUAGUAAUUUUUUCUGGUCGACAUUAUAGUGGAAAUUCAGGGAGAGCUUUAUUUGAUGGAUCAAAGCAUUUUGCUGCCUCAGAAGAUAAACUUAAACUGCCAUCUAGGAUAGCCAAGUCUAAUUCAUUUCAUCAAACGUUUGUAACAAUGCUGGUUCUCAGUGUUCCUAUUCUCAUAGGAUCUUUCUUUCGCUCAACCUUUUCAAAAGCCCUUGAUUUUGCAGGAGUUUAUGCAAAUUGUUUCCUGUUUGGCAUACUUCCUCCUGUAAUGGCAUAUGUACAACAAUCCAGGAAAAAGCUCAGAUCUAGUUUCCAAACCCUACGAUUAUUCCCUGCAAUUCAUUUUAUCCGUGCUCCUCUGGCUUCAGAAACAAGUCGUGCGAAAUUGCAAAUGAGAAGAACGCAUGAAAUGCAUAUCAACAGCUAUGAAACAAACCAUAAACAGAAAUAUGCAAAUGCAAUUGAAGCUUAUGCAUGGCUGCAAGAAUACCAGGCCAGGAAACUAAAACUGAGAAAUUUUUGUAUAAUAAAGAAAUAAAUUUAUUAAACAGAAUGAAAACGUGAUUCCUCAAGAUUAUCUUGUCUCCAUUGUUUUACAAUGUCAGGUAUGCACAAUUCAAAAUUUUGUCUGAAUUCAACUA